CUCGGCGUUGCAGCUUUAAGAGGAUCGCGGCCUGGCGGGUGCGACCCCGCCCGCCCCAGGGACCCCGGGGCCCCGGCCCAGCCCCCCCGGCCGCGGCACGGCGCGGGGCCGGCCCCGGCACCCCGCCGACCCUCCCCCCGGCGCCCCCCCGACGUGUGGGGGGGAGAGGGAGUGACCCCCCCGGGCCCCUCGCCCCGGGCUGGGGCAGCUGAGGGGGGGGGGGACGCAACAUGGCGGAGGCCAAGGAGGAGGGGCCCGGCCCCCGCGCCAGGUUUGAAGAUAAAUCUGAUGCGGUAUUUGAUAUUACAGAAAAAUGUGGUGAAAUCCUGGAUGCAGAAAUGUCUGAGGACACUGACCACAACUUAACACCUGCCCUUGACAGCAUAUCCUAUGGAAUACAGAAUCGAACAGGAUCUGCAAACUCGCUGCUGGAUGAUGAUGAUGAAGAUUAUUUUCUGAACUCUGGGGACCUUGCAGGCAUACCUGUUGUUGGGAGUGACAAUGAUGAGGAUCAAAAUUUCACCCCAAAAGACACUCUUUCUUCAGUGAUUCACAAUGAAGACCAUCUGGAAGAGGGCAAGAGAGCUACAGAGCAUGAGUUGGACAGUGAAAAAGAAAUUCAGAUUCAGAACGCAAUCCAAAAGGAUCUCACUUCACCAUUUGAGCAGGGCCCUGUAUUUAAAUCAAUUCGAAAGGAUUUUAGCAUAGCACGAGACAAUGGCAAAGAGACUUUUUCAACAAAGGACAAGAAUAGAGAAGGACAUUUUCAAGAACGUGAAAAACGUUUGGAAAAAAUCCCUAAAGAUAUGGAUUCUAGAUUGAAAAGCAGUUUUCUUGACAAAGCAGUUCAUAAUCAAGUAGAAGAAACAUUACGGACGCAGUUAGCGCCACAAACUCCAGAAUCUAACUUCAGGGAGUCUAGCUACCUAUUUUCUAGUAAGGAAUCUAUUGGACAAGAGCUGGGGAAUUCCUUUGCACCAAAUAUUAGAAUUAAGGAGGAGCCUUUGGAUGACGAAUAUGAUAAAGCUAUGGCCCCACAGCAGGGACUAUUAGACAAAAUUAAAGAUGAACCUGAUAAUUCCAAGGAGUACGGGCAACAGCCAAAAUCUCAGGAAGGGGAGCUGAAAAUCAGUGCCGUAUUUUCAGUCAGUGGCAGUCCUCUUGCUCCACAGCUGUCAUCAAGUUUCCAGCCUGCUGUGGCAUCCUCUGGCAUGAGUAAAAUGCUUCCCUCAGUUCCAAGCACAGCUGUUCGGGUUUCCUGUUCUGGCUGUAAAAAAAACCUGCAGAAGGGGCAAACUGCCUACCAGAGGAAAGGCUCUACCCAGCUCUUCUGCUCCACACUGUGCCUCACUGGAUACACUGUUCCAGCUUCUCGCCCACCAGCUUCUACCAAGAAAACCUGCUCAAGCUGCUCAAAAGACAUUCUAAAUCCAAAGGAUGUGAUCACUGCCCAGUUUGACAAUACAAGCUCCAGCAAGGAUUUCUGCAGCCAGUCUUGUCUGUCUACAUACGAGCAGAAAAGGAAACCUGUUAUGACUAUUCAUACUAACAGCAUUUCAACCAAGUGCAGCAUGUGCCAGAAGAACGCGGUGAUUAGACACGAAGUGAAUUACCAGAACGUGGUGCACAAGCUGUGCAGUGAUGCCUGCUUCUCCAAGUUCCGCUCGGCCAACAACCUGACCAUGAACUGCUGUGAGAACUGCGGGGGUUACUGCUACAGCGGCUCCGGCCAGUGCCACACGCUGCAGAUAGAGGGGCACUCCAAGAAGUUCUGCAAUGCAGCUUGUGUCACAGCCUACAAGAAGAAGUCAGCUAAAAUUACACCUUGCACACUGUGUAAAUCCUUGAGAUCCUCAGCCGAGAUGGUAGAGAGUACAAAUAACUUGGGAAAAACUGAACUGUUUUGCUCUGUUAACUGCUUGUCAGCAUACAGAGUAAAAAUGGUUACUUCUGCAGGUGUUCAAGUUCAGUGCAACAGCUGUAAAAUUUCAGCAAACCCUCAGUAUCACUUGGCCAUGUCAGACGGGAGCAUACGCAAUUUUUGCAGCUACAGCUGCGUGGUGGCUUUUCAGAAUUUGUUCAACAAGCCUGCAGGAAUGAACUCCUCAGUGGUUCCUCUGUCACAAGGUCAAGUCAUUGUCAGCAUUCCCUCGGGGGCAGCGGUGUCGGCAGGUGGCACCACCUCCACUGUGUCCCCAAGCUCCAUGAGCACUUCAGCUGCAGCUGGUCUACAGAGGCUGGCUGCCCAGUCCCAGCAAGUCACUUUUGCCCGCCCUGUUGUAAAACUCAGGUGUCAGCACUGUAACAGAUUGUUUGCAACCAAACCAGAGCUGCUUGACUACAAGGGUAAAAUGUUCCAGUUUUGUGGGAAGACCUGCUGUGAUGAAUAUAAGAAGAGGAGCAGUGUGGUGGCAAUGUGUGAAUACUGCAAAGUGGAGAAAAUUAUCAAGGAGACAGUGCGGUUCUCAGGCGUAGAUAAGUCAUUCUGUAGUGAAGGUUGUAAACUGCUCUAUAAACAUGACUUGGCUAAACGCUGGGGAAAACACUGUAAAAUGUGCAGCUACUGUUUACAGUCUGCCCCCAAACUGGUCCAGAAUCACUUUGGGGGGAAAAUGGAGGAAUUUUGCUCAGAGGAGUGCAUGUCUAAAUUCACAGUAUUGUUUUACCAGAUGGCAAAGUGUGAUGGUUGUAAGAGACAAGGUAAACUCAGUGAGUCCAUGAAAUGGCAUGGGGAAAUCAAGCAUUUUUGCAAUCUGCUUUGUAUUCUGUUGUUCUGUAAUCAGCAAAUUUCUGACCCUUCACCCCCAAACAACACAGCAAACCUUUCUAUGGCACCAGCUUCUUCCUCAGGCCCUCCUUUGAGAAAGGACUCAACUCCAGUCAUUGCCAAUGUGGUGUCCCUUGCAAGCACCCCUGCUGCCCAGCCCACUGUUAAUUCCAACAAUGUUUUACAGGGUGCAGUCCCUACUGUGACAGCAAAAAUAAUAGGAGAUGCUAGUACUCAGACAGAUGCCCUAAAGCUGCCACCAUCACAACCACCCAGACUUCUAAAAAAUAAAGCAUUAUUGUGCAAGCCUAUCACACAGACUAAGGCCACCUCAUGCAAACCUCACACACAAAACAAAGAAUGCCAGACAGAAGAAGAAGAAGUUCAACCCCGAAUCGUUGUGGUACCUGUUCCUGUCCCAGUGUUUGUGCCAGUCCCCCUUCACCUCUACACACAGUACACACCAGUUCCUCUCGGGAUGCCAGUACCUGUACCGGUUCCCAUGUUCUUCCCAACUACCCUGGAUAAUGCUGAUAAGAUAAUUGAAACUAUUCAGGAUAUCAAGGAAAGGAUUCCCACAAAUCCAUUUGAAGCUGACCUCCUUCAGAUGGCAGAAAUGAUUGCAGAAGAUGAGGACAAAGAUAAAACACACUCUCAUGGUGGAUCUCAAACAUCUGAGCACGAGCUCUUCCUGGACCCCAAGAUAUUUGAGAAAGACCAGGGCAGCACUUACAGUGGAGAUCUGGAAUCAGAAGCAGUGUCCACCCCGCACAGCUGGGAGGAUGAGCUGAAUCACUAUGCCUUACGAUCAAACCCCCUGCCAGAGCCUGACCCAGAGCUGAAGCAAUUCUCCAAAGGUGAUGUGGAGCAGGACCUGGAGGCAGAUUUUCCAUCAGACUCAUUUGACCCUCUCAGUAAAGGACUGGGUUUGCAUUCACGUUCACGAUCGAGACGGAGACACAGGGAUGGUUUCCCUCAGCCAAAGAGACGGGGACGGAAGAAGUCUGUGGUUUCUGUAGAGCCUCGGAGUCUGAUGCAGGGCUCCUACCCAGGCUGCUCUGUUUCUGGGAUGGCCCUGAAGUAUAUGUAUGGGGUAAAUGCCUGGAAAAACUGGGUCCAAUGGAAAAACGCACAGGAAGAACAAGGGGACCUGAAGUUUUCAGGAGUCAAAUAUGCAGCACUCAACACAAGGUCAGAACGAUUACAAAAUACUCCAGAUGUAUCUCUGGCUCAUGACUCCCCCAGGUCCAGCUGGGGAGUUCAUCCUGUGAAACUCAAGGAGGACAUUCUCUCAUGCACUUUUGCUGAGCUGAGUUUUGGCUUGUGCCAGUUUAUUCAAGAGGUGCGGAGACCAAAUGGAGAAAAAUAUGAUCCUGACAGCAUCUUAUACUUGUGCCUUGGAAUUCAGCAGUACCUGUUUGAGAAUGGUAGAAUAGAUAACAUUUUUACCGAGCCCUAUUCCAGGUUUAUGAUUGAACUUACAAAACUUUUGAAAAUCUGGGAACCUACAAUUCUUCCAAAUGGUUACAUGUUCUCGAGAAUUGAAGAGGAGCACUUGUGGGAAUGUAAACAGCUGGGUGCAUAUUCCCCUAUUGUUUUAUUGAACACACUUCUGUUCUUCAACACCAAAUACUUCCAACUAAAGAAUGUCAGUGAGCACCUGAAACUCUCCUUUGCCCAUGUUAUGAGGCGCACCCGAAUUCUGAAGUAUAAUACUAAGAUGACAUAUUUACGGUUUUUCCCACCCUUUCAAAAACAAGAAGUAGACUCAGAUAAAUUGUCUGUAGGCAAAAGGAAACGCAGUGAAGAUGAGGAGGUUUCAACAGCAGUGGAAAUGGCUGAAAACACAGACAAUCCCCUGCGAUGUCCAGUCCGACUGUAUGAAUUUUACUUAUCAAAAUGCUCCGAAAGUGUGAAGCAGAGGAGCGACGUGUUCUACCUGCAGCCCGAGCGCUCCUGUGUGCCCAACAGCCCCAUGUGGUAUUCCACACUGCCCAUAGACCCAGGAACCUUGGACAUCAUGUUAACACGUAUUCUUAUGGUGAGGGAGGUACAUGAAGAACUUGCCAAAGUCAAAUCAGAGGACUCUGAUAUUGAGUUAUCAGACUAACUGAAGUGGGGUAUUUUCCUUUGAAUACACAUCGGAAGCACCAAACUGUGAAUAUGUCCAGCCUUUGGAAAAUGUGUAUCCAGUAAGCCGAGAUCGUGUCACCUGCAGGUGUAUUCUGAACCACAGUGGAUGUACAAACUGGAACUGGAAGGAAGCAAGCUGUGUAAGCUGCAAGAAGCAACGCCCUGUGGCACCGAUAAAUCCUCUGAACAAAUUCCAGAUGAACUAACCUAUUGGAGUGGUGCAGAAAUCCUUUAUCAUUUUAGGGUUUUAAAAAGUCGUGAGAUAUUUUUAAGGAAAAUGGUUGUGUAAAACCUACCACAAUAAUGUUAGGCAUGGAGAGCUAGACUGUGGCUCACGUGGCUUCUCAGCCUGAUGGCUGGCAGUCCUUGCUGCCAAAGAGCACGUGGAGAUCCUAGAGCUCUUCACGAGGACAGGAGAGAAAGUGGUGAUAUUCAGGCAAACUGACACCUUCUGUUACACAGAGGCUUUUAUAAUUUUAUUUGAAACUGGGAUCAAAUGUCAGGAAGGCAGAAGCUGCUGGCGUGGCUGCCAGGGAAGCUCUAAGUGGACAACUGUCUGGCUGCUGUUACCUGGUCACACGAUGCCAGACUCUAGCUCUCGGUCAGGCUCACACCAGCUCUAGCUCUGUUGGGUCUUCACCGUGGAAGAGGAGCUGUAGGUCAAACUGGAGAGCGAUCAUGUUACGGGACGAACAUUUCUGGGGUAUGUACAGGAGAGUCACUGUCCUGGGGUAUGUGCAGAAAAUCCCUUCCCUAGCCCAGUAGCUCUGCAGUCUGUCAAUAUAAUCUAGCAAAUACUGUGGUGCGCGGAAAUUUUUUUUCCCUUAAGGCAGCUUUCCUUUCUCCUCUCUCCCUACUCCUACGGUUUUGGUUAUUUUAUAAGGCAAACCUGGAGGACCGUGUCAUUUCAAGUGGAAGAUACAUGCACUCUUUCUCUUUCCACCUUUGCAACACGUGCAGUGUUGUGCUAAGGAUGCAGUAUUAUUUCUGACAACGGAACUGUGGUAGAAAAUGACCGUGUGUGUUUUUUUCCCACCCCACCCAAAGAGAUUUAGUCAUAGUGUUGGAAAUCGAAAGAGGUUUUUUUAAGGCUUGGCUGUUACUGUGUCUUUUUGAAGAGAAGAGCUCCCACAUUGUGUUUAGAGGACAGGACGUUAUCAGAUACUGAUUGUAUCUCUGUUUUCUCAAGCUAUAGAUGUGUUUUCUGAUGACCAGUGGUCACAAAUUCAUUGGGAACCCAAACUAUUUUUAAAGAAAAGAAUUGUAUGGUUUUUAUCUAGCUCUGGUCAGUUAUCCAUCUUCUGUAACAGGGGUCUGAUAUUUGAUCUUGUCACUAAAAUUUCAAAAGAUGAAAAUCAACAGCCUUGAAUUAUAUUUCCUUUUUUUUUUUUUUGUUUUGUUUGGUUUUGUUUUUUAAUUAUUUUUCUAGCAGUAACAAAAGUAAUUUAACAAAAAUAAAAUCAGAAAGUAGUCUAUUGACGUUGUGUACUCGGUAGUCCUGUCCCUGCCUGUAACAGAUUUCACUGAUGUAUUUUUUAAUACAGAAAACUAUGUGAAAAGUAAACCUGCCCCUGAUUCUGUCUGAUCAAA